GCGUCACGACCCGCAGCGCACCGUGAUGCAUGCUAACACGUUAGCUAAUGCUAACAGCUGGUGAGAUGUUUAUUUUUGUUGCACUGUCCAGGUUUGUUUGUUUGGUCGCCGCACCGCCGGGCUCUCACCGCCGCUCGUUGCUCCGCACCGUGGACGGGCUCUUUACCCCGUGACGCAGGAGCUCCGUUCAGCUUUUUGUUGUUAUUUACACUCUCAAGUGGAGUUUGCUUCAUAGCUAGCUUAGCCGAUGUAGCAUUAGCAUUCGGUUAGCAUGCUAGCUGACAGCUUGCAGGCUUGAAACUUGGGAGACAAGUUUGGACUCAGCCUCUGUGUUCUAGUGAAUGGAAGAACAGGUCAAUGGGCAUCAGAUCAUGGACGAGCCCAUGGAGGAGGGAGAGUCUUUCUCGCACUGUGAUGAAGGGACAUAUAAGGAGAUUCCUAUCACUCACCAUGUGAAAGAGGGCUGCGAGAAAGCUGAUCCAUCUCAGUUUGAACUACUCAAAGUCCUCGGCCAGGGCUCUUUUGGCAAGGUAUUUCUUGUCCGAAAGAUCCUGGGUCCAGAUGCUGGUCAGUUAUAUGCAAUGAAAGUUCUAAAAAAGGCAUCUUUGAAAGUCAGGGACAGAGUUCGCACUAAGAUGGAAAGAGACAUUUUAGUGGAAGUAAAUCAUCCCUUCAUUGUGAAAUUGCACUACGCCUUUCAGACAGAAGGGAAACUGUAUUUAAUACUGGACUUUCUCAGGGGAGGGGAUGUAUUCACUCGCUUAUCCAAAGAGGUUAUGUUUACAGAGGAAGAUGUGAAAUUCUACCUUGCAGAGCUGGCCCUGGCCCUCGAUCAUCUGCACAACCUGGGCAUAGUUUACAGAGAUCUCAAGCCAGAGAACAUCUUACUUGAUGAAGCUGGUCACAUAAAGUUAACAGACUUUGGCUUGAGUAAAGAGUCAGUAGAUGCUGAUAAGAAGGCUUAUUCCUUCUGUGGUACGGUGGAGUAUAUGGCCCCUGAGGUGGUCAACAGGAGAGGACACACACAGAGUGCAGACUGGUGGUCCCUGGGAGUACUUAUGUUUGAGAUGCUAACAGGAACAUUACCGUUCCAAGGAAAAGACCGCAAUGAGACCAUGAACAUGAUUCUCAAAGCUAAGUUGGGAAUGCCGCAGUUCCUGAGUUUGGAAGCCCAGAGUUUGCUGAGAAUGCUGUUUAAACGUAACCCUGCUAACAGACUGGGGGCCGGGCCCGACGGAGUGGAGGAGAUCAAACGCCACGCUUUCUUUUCCACCAUCGACUGGAAUAAACUGUACAGGAGAGAGCUCCAGCCCCCGUUCAAGCCCGCAGCAGGUAAACCAGAUGACACGUUCUGCUUCGACCCAGAGUUCACCGCUAAAACGCCUAAAGACUCCCCAGGUAUCCCUCCCAGUGCUAAUGCCCACCAGCUCUUCAAAGGCUUCAGUUUUGUUGCACCAGCCCCGAUGGAUGAGAACAAGAGUUCCCCGCUGCUCAGCAUACUCCCUAUAGUUCAGAUGCACGGGGGCUCGGCCAAGUUCUCCGAUCUGUACGAGCUGCAGGAGGACAUAGGGGUCGGCUCCUACUCCAUCUGUAAACGCUGUGUACACCGAGUCUCUGCCAUGGACUAUGCUGUGAAGAUAAUAGACAAAAUUAAGAGGGACCCUUCUGAAGAGAUCGAAAUCCUGAUGCGAUACGGGCAGCAUCCCAAUAUCAUCACUCUCAAAGACGUGUAUGAUGAGGGCAGGUAUGUAUACCUGGUGACGGAGCUGAUGAAGGGAGGGGAGCUGCUUGACAAGAUCCUUAGGCAGAAGUUUUUCUCUGAGAGAGAGGCCAGUGCUGUGCUCUACACCAUCACCAAGACUGUUGACUACCUCCACUGCCAAGGGGUGGUACACCGAGACCUAAAGCCCAGUAACAUCCUAUAUAUGGAUGACUCGGGAAAUCCUGACUCCAUCAGGAUCUGUGACUUUGGAUUCGCAAAGCAGCUUCGGGGAGGCAACGGCUUGCUCCUUACCCCCUGUUAUACCGCCAACUUUGUGGCACCAGAGGUACUAAUGCGGCAAGGUUAUGAUGCAGCCUGUGAUAUAUGGAGUCUGGGUGUUCUACUGUAUACAAUGUUGGCAGGGUACACGCCGUUUGCUAAUGGGCCAAACGACACACCGGAGGAGAUUCUGCUCCGGAUAGGAUCUGGAAAGUUUUCCUUGACAGGAGGCAACUGGGAUACUGUAUCAGACACCUCAAAGGACCUGCUGUCUCAUAUGCUCCAUGUGGACCCUCACCAGCGAUACACAGCAGAGCAGGUUCUAAAGCAUUCCUGGAUCACCUGUAGAGAUACACUACCACACUUCCAGCUCACACGCCAUGAUGCACCACACCUUGUCAAGGGAGCCAUGGCUGCCACCUAUUCAGCACUGAGCCAGAAGACAAGUCAGCCUGUGUUGGAGCCUGUGGCAGCUUCUAGUCUAGCCCAGAGACGCAGCAUGAAGAAACUCACCUCAACAGACAUGUAGACACACACACACACACACACACACACACACACUGCUCCUCCGCCCUCCAGUUUUGACCUCACUCUCAGUCGGACUCUACGCAAAAAGACGCACGCAGACCGAAGUCCCGGCCAGUCAGACCUACUGUCUCCCUUUUUUUAAAUCUAUUUAUUUGACCCGACAUAUGCACGCAUACACACACAUGCACACUCACACUGGACGAGGUUGCUCUUGAAGAAGUCAGCUGAAGAGGAAGAGGGGAAACUCACAUAUCUGUUACUGCUGGGGAGACAGACUUGUAUUUAUUUCCACAGCUUUCAUAUGCACUUGCCCUCCUCGCCUUUCAUUCUUUCUUCCUCGAGUGGGGAAGAGACGCACCAGCUGAUGUUCUCCUUCACUGUGAUUGGCUGAUUCAAAGCUGCUUCGGUAAACUGUGCCCUCCCCCCUCCCCUAUGCUCUUCAUCUGCACUCUCGCCAUCCUUCUCCUCCUCAGUUCUCUCUCCCUCCCUUGUUUGCUUUCGCUCUCUGAACUUGUUUUCUCCAAAGUGAAGUAAAGGUUUCUGUGCAAGAGUGUCGGCAGGAUGAUAUUGACUGAGGGACAAUGUGACUAAGAGUGUUUCCUCUCUUUAAAAUAAAAAAGAUCUGAGUCUGAUUGUGGCAGAUUUAAAAAGUAACUCAGGAUCAAAAUCAUCUGCCGACACUUCUGAAAACAUAAAUGUGUGUGGACAGACCUUGUAUUUCUUUUCCCUUACGAUUCACACCCUGACUCAUGUUACUUUGUGAUGCUAACAAUGUAUCAAAAGAGGUAAAAUAAGCUGCAGAUGGACAGAAGAAGAGGUGAAACCAUGCGAUGACGAUAGCAGAAAUCCUAGUUUGCAAAAAAUAUAUAUAAAUAUAUAUAUAUAUAUAAUAAAGAUGAUGAAGAUGAAGAGCAUGUGGGGGAGCUGUAGGGAUUUCUCUGGGGGGGACGGGACGCACCCCGUCGAACCAGAGAGGCUGAAUUAAAAUAUAUUAUAAAAAAACAAACAAAAAAACAUUUCCAUAGAUAUCUCUUCAAAAAAGACAUUGUGGAAAUUGUAUGAUAUUGUAUUUAUUUCAUUUGAUUUUUAAGAUUCUAUUUUUCUUUCAAGUUCUGUAUAUAUUGACAUUAAAGAUCAUUAUUGACAUGCA